AUUUCCUUAUUACUGAUCUCUCAUUUCAUGAUAAUAACCCAAAUUUCUUCUGUAUAGUUCCUGCAUUCACCAUAGCUUAAUUACCAAUAGACGUGCGUGCAUGAUCACUACAUAACCACCAGCUGUUUUUGCUUGUACGUUAUCGUACACACACAUAUAUAUCCAGCUUAUAUAUAUAUAUAUAUAUAUCUUCGUUGCUAGCUAGCCAUCUAACUGCAUAUUAUAUUCUCUUCCUGGAGCUAGAGCAAAUAUAUAUGUCUAAUCUUAGACCAAGAUCAUCAACCACAGUACUACCCAAGAAGCAACCUUCAUCAUCCAUAUCUGACAAACCCGCGGCUCCAACCACCUACGAUGUCAUUCCCGACGGCACACCGAAAGCCCCUAAUCUUCGACGCCAACGAUCUUUCUCACAGCGUGCAAUCUCCCAAACCCUAGAAGGCACAGCCAACAUAGCCAAGCGCUUGCCCUCGGGCACCCUCUUAGCAUUCCAACUUCUCAUACCCAUCUUCACCCAGAACGGUUCGUGUGACUCCGCCACUCGCCCCAUCACCUUCAUCCUCCUUGUCCUCCUCGCCGUCUCCUGCUUCUUCGCAUGCUUCACCGACACUGUCAAGGCCUCGGACGGACAGGUCUACCACGGCCUCGCCACCUUCAAAGGAAUUUGGCUGUUUGACAUUAAUCAAGACGACCCUUCAAAUUCAGGCUUAUUCCCGGAUUUGACCAAGUAUAAAAUAGGAUUCAUUGAUUGGGUUCAUGCAGUAUUAUCAGUGCUAGUGUUUGGAGCUGUGGCUUUGAGAGAUAAGAAUGUGUUGAGGUGCUUUUAUCCAACGCCAGGACAUGAGACCCAGGAGGUUCUGGACAUUGUUCCUGUGGGUGUUGGGCUCAUUUGCAGCCUGUUGUUUAUGGUCUUCCCCACCACAAGGCAUGGCAUUGGCUACCCUAGUGUCAUGCCAGGAUAAUAACUCUUCUUCUUCUUCUUUAAAAUUUUCUAA